UCUGCUCUGACCUCAGUAACUUUACAAGCUAGCUCCCUGUGAUUAGCCACGUCAUGUAAAGUUAGCACUGGAGCACUUCUGAUAAAAAAGCAGCGAGGGGUCGCAGUGUGUUGGAGAUAUUGGCUGUGUUGUUAUUAAUAGCAGCUCUUGUUUCAUGGUUAUAACUGGGCAGUGAUCAUAUGGGAAGAUGUCAGACAUCGGGGACUGGUUCAGAAGCAUCCCUUUCAUCACCCGGUCCUGGUUCGCUGCUUCGAUUGCAGUUCCGUUUAUUGGAAAACUAGGACUGAUUGAUUUCAGGAACCUCAUGCUAUUUCCAGAGCUGGUCUUAAGCAGAUUUCAUCUCUGGAGACCAGUGACCGCCACCUUGUAUUUCCCAAUAACCCCUAACACUGGGUUUCUGUACCUGGUCAACCUGUAUUUCCUCUACCACUACUCCUCUCGGUUAGAGACAGGGGCGUUUGAUGGCAGACCUGCAGACUACAUCUUCAUGCUCUUCUUCAACUGGAUCUGCAUUGUUAUAACUGGGCUGCUGAUGAACAUGCGGCUGCUGAUGAUCCCACUGAUCAUGUCAGUGCUCUACGUCUGGGCUCAGUUCAACAAAGACAUGGUCGUGUCCUUCUGGUUCGGAACACGAUUCAAGGCACAUUAUCUACCUUGGGUCAUUUUGGUUUUCAACUUCAUCAUUGGUGGCUCGUUUGUAAAUGAACUAACGGGGAACCUGGUGGGUCACCUCUACUUCUUCCUCAUGUUCAAAUAUCCCAUGGACCUGGGAGGACGCGCCUUCCUCUCCACACCAGAGUUCUUGUAUCGGUUCUUCCCCAACAAGAGGGGAGGAGUGUCGGGCUUUGGAGUCCCCCCCAGCAGACCAGCUGCCCAGGAGCAGGCUGGAGGAGGCGGGGGAGCAGGAGGAGGAAGAGGACGUCACAACUGGGGCGAAGGCUUCCGCCUGGGGGGAGAAUGAGCGUCGAGACAAGAAGAGAGAGAGAGAGAGCUACCCCUCACCCCCAUCCCUGUUUUCUCCCAUAACAAAUGGCGUUGAUGUUUCAGGUUAAAGUGCUCGCUUUUUCUCUUUCUUUCGUUUGAGGAAAACCUUGACUUAGAAUUUAAUUCACAACUAUGUUCUAAAGGCUCCAAGGGGAUGAAAUUUGAGGAAGCAAGCAUUUUAACCAAGAAAGCACCGCACAGCAGGACUCCGACAAUAGGCUCAAUUAACCAAGUAAAGCCAGCUCUUCUAUUACUACUACUGCGGGUGUUUCCAUGUGAAGCAGAUAGAAGGAAAUAUGAAUAAAUGUUUUUUUUUUAUGUGAUGAUUCUUGAGCCCCCCUCUUCUCUACACCCUUCCAUUGGACUGUCAAGCCAAGAGAUGUUGCAGCUGCACACCAGCUUGUUGUUAAUUUUGACUCAUGUCCUGUCCUCUCCCUCUCUCUCUCUGUGAUGCCAUAUCAGAUUACAUUGUAAUUACCAACGCACUGGGAAUGUGCUCUCAGCUGAACAUGGGCAAAGCUAUUUAGAGAGCAAUGUUUCCAGGUCUGAUUUUACAUUGGUGUAAGAUGUUUUUAAGCCUUUGUGGCACAGACCUGAUCUUCUCUGUCUUAAGUUCUGAUCUUGACCGAAAUAAGGUAAAGAUGGGAUUUUGCUCUUUUUGUAAAUAUAACAGUUGUUUAUUGAAAGGAUGAGCGAGUCUGAGAGUUUAAUUAUCGUACUAUCCAUGUCUCCUUAAUCUUCUUCUCCAGAGUCAGGAGAGCUCAGCCAAUUAUGUGCCAUUGUGGCUGGUUGAGAAUCACUGACUAUACAGAAUAUACAAUUAGGGCUGACACCAAUUAUUAUUUUCCAUAUCAAUUAACCGCCAAUUAU